GGAGGGCGAUAGGGGGAAUGAUGAUGGGAAUAAGGAAGGGUAUAGAAGUGGUUGAAGAGGAGGAAAUGAGGGAGAUGGAGGGAAUGAUGAUGAGGGUGAUAAGGGUAGGAGGUGAGAAAUGGAGAAUAGUGGGGGUGUACGUUAGCGGAAACAUGAAGGAGAUAUGGGAGAGGGUUGGGGGAUGGGAGGCGGAUGGAAGGAAGGGGAUAAGAACGAUUGUUGGAGGAGAUUUCAAUGCGAGGACGGGGGAGUUAGGGGGUUGGAUAGAAUGGAGGGAAGUGAGGGGGGAGGAGGGGGGUAGGAGGUCGAGAGACAGGAAGGUGAACAGGGAGGGGAGGGAGUUGUUGAGAAGAUUGGAGGAAGAGGGGUGUGGUGGCGUAUGGGGUGGAGAUUUGGGGAUGGGAGGAGAGGGAAGCGGUGGAGAGAAUGCAGGAGAGGAGAGGUAUCUAAGAUGGAAGUUAGGGGUCAGCAGAAUGGUGCCAGGGUAUAUGAUUAGGGAGGAGUUGCAAAGGGUAAAGCUGAGGAUAAGGGCGGGAAGAAGAGCGUGGAGGAUGGAAGAGAGGUUAGCGGGUGGUAAGGGAACUAAACCGCAGACGUCGUAUAAGACGCGAAAAGGGCCGAGGAAAGCGGCCGAGCGAACCGUCGAUGAGAUGAAAAUCACCGAAUUAAAAGAUGCAUUGCGCGCGCUCAAUCUGUGGACUACGGGUAAUAAGACUCAAUUGAAGAUGAGAUUACAGAGCGCUCAUGACCGGAAACGCCUUGCCGGCAUAGAAGCGGACUGCAAUGCCGGCGACGACGAGGAAGUUACGAGCGACGAGGAGGUUACGAGCGACGAGGAAGUGACGAGCGACGAGGAAGCAACAGACGACGGAGCGGCGAGUGAUGAGGAGGAUCGAAGCGAACAAGAAAGACGAAUCGCCCUAGGGAAACAAGGCGUGCAGAAGAAGAGGUCCACCAACAGGAAGCGGCAGAGUGACCGCGACGAAUCGGACGCCACGGAGGAGCAGCGCCAGCCAGUGAAACAUGCCCCCAUCGAGCGGAUAGACGAGGUACGAAAUCGGACUAGUCCCCAACAGCGCAGCUUCACGAUCCAGGACGUAGAGGGCAGUCUGUCGUACUUUUCGGGCGAUGAUAAGUUACCCAUCGACAAUUGGAUCGCCGAGUUUGAAAACAUGGGCACUUUGCUCGAAUGGAGCGACCUGCAAAAGUUAGUGUACAGCAAGCGCAUGUUGAGAGGAUCGGCAAAGCAAUUCCUGUCCUUUGAAAAAGGCAUUACCUCAUGGAGUGUCCUGAAACACCGACUAAGGAGAGAAUUUAAGGUUAAGUUAAAUAGCGCCACGGUGCAUAACGGGAUACAAGAUGACGAGUGCAACAAGACGAUGCUGUAUGGCGCCGGGACAUUACGUGAAUUGAAGAAAUGUCUCGAAGUAUACGAUCACAUUAAGGAAAAGACACAGCAAAAGAAGACGACCACGAAGAAAGACCGCGUUAGAGACAACGCAAGGGACAAUUUUAAAAAUACGCGAACAAAGUCGGACAAUACGCAGCCCAAGAAGCACUGCUUCAAUUGUGGUUCCAUCGAACAUGAUGUCAAAAGUUGUACCAACGCCGACAAGGGACCUAAGUGCUUCAAAUGCAACAAUUACAGGCAUGUCGCAUCUAAAUACCCCCAAGUGAGACAGCCAGAGACGCAGGUGUCUACGGUGAACUGCGUAAGUAGCGUCGACGACAAAUUUAUCCUUGUUGACAUUGCAGGGCUGAAAUGUCGUACUCUAGUCGAUACGGGAAGAAACACGGUCACGAGACCAAGCGAUACUUUCUUCCUGAAGAUGUCGAUCGAGGGCGACGCCUACGUAGUCGAAGUAUACGUAGUUCUUACGGAAGCCACGGUCGUAGAACUAAUCCUGGGGCGUAAUUUCCUCAAAGAAGUCGAAGUUACCAUACGGAAGGGGCGUAUAAACGUUAAGAGAUCGGCGGCCAAGGGAAGCGCCGUCGGGGUUCAAGAAGUGUCAGUUGUCGACGGAAGUCAAUCGGACGGGACGCUGUUCGAGGAUUUGGCAGUUAUGGACUGCACCGCCAUCGAUGAAAUCGAAGUCACCUUACAGAACCUUAGAGAAGCCGAACUCGCCUUGAAGGAGAGAGACAUUUUGAACGAUCAAAUACGUGAGUGGUUGGACGAGGACAUUAUUAGACCAAGUAAGAACGAAUACGCUAGUCCCGCGGUUAUCGUGCGUAAAAAGGACGGUUCGAGUCGAGUGUGCGUAGACUACCGAUUAUUAAAUAGAAAAAUUAUUCGUGAUAAGUACCCGAUGCUGUUAGUAGAAGAUAAGAUAGACGCGCUUGUGAACUUUCGAGUGUUUUCAGUAAUAGAUCUAAGGAACGGAUUUUUCCACGUGCCGGUGGAAGAAGGAAGCCGAAAGUAUACUGCUUUUGUCACGCCGAGUGGCCAAUAUGAGUUCACGAAGACACCUUUUGGACUAUGCAACAGUCCGACUAGCUUUUUGAGAUUCAUCAAUGAAGUAUUCCAACCUCUAAUUCAAAAGGCGAUAGUUUUUACAUAUAUGGACGAUUUAAUUAUUCCAGGCCUCGAUGAAGAAGAUGUGUUUCGAAAUCUAGCAGAGACUUUAGCCGUCGCAGCGGCCAACGGUCUUAGUAUCAAUUGGAAAAAAAUACCUUCACCGAUCAAAAUUCGGGCCGUUCAGAAUUUUCCCGAGCCGAAAUCGCUGAGACAGCUACAGAGUUUCUUAGGACUCACGGGAUAUUUCCGGAAGUUUGAUAAAGACUAUUCGAAAAUAGCGUACCCAUUGUAUGAGAUGAAGGAGGGGCACCACUUCAGUUUCGGGGCGACUGAAUGUUUAGCGUUUAAUAGGUUAAAGGACGUGUUGUCGAAAGAUCCAGUUCUCAGAAUAUUUGACCCAUCGGCAAUUACGGAGCUACAUACAGAUGCCAAGUCCGAAAAGAAAUGGUGCUCCUACGAACUCGAGAUCUUGGCGAUAAUCCGAGCGGUACAAAAGUUUCGCGUUUACUUGUUCGGCAUCAGAUUUAAGAUCGUGACCGAUUGUCAAGCGUUCCAGAGGACGCUGCGUAAGGAUAAUCUACCACCUAAGAUCGCCAAAUGGGCGCUAGCCCUCGAAGAGUUCGAAUAUGAAAUCGAACAUCGCGCCGAGGAGCGUAUGAGGCACGUAGACGCGCUCAGCAGAUUCCCCGUCAUGAUGGUCGAAGAUACGGUUUUAGCGAUGAUCCGAAGCGAACAGGAUAAGGAAGAACGACUACGCGUCAUUAAACAUUUAUUGGUUAAGAAACCGUAUGAAGACUACGUGAUAGAAAAUGGAGUAUUAAUGAAAAAAAUGGAUAACAAGGUCGUUGUCGUUCUACCUUCAAACGUGCACCACGACAUUAUCCGGAAAGCACACGAAAACGGGCAUUUUGGUGUUAAAAAGGUAGUAGAGAUUAUCCAAAGCGAGUAUUAUAUUCCGCAAUUGAAAGAAAAGGUGGAAGAUUUUAUCGAAUGCUGUAUUCCGUGUAUAUUGAUUGAGAAAAAGAAAGGCAAACAAGAGGGCGAGUUGAAGCCGAUCUCUAAAGGCGACACACCUUUAAGUACGUACCACCUCGAUCAUUUAGGGCCCAUGAUCAGCACCUCGAAGUCAUACAAGUAUCUAUUGGUGAUGGUGGACGGGUUUUCGAAAUUCGUGUGGAUCUACUCCACUAAGACUACGAACGCUAAGGAGGUGAUAGAUAAGUUAUUUAAGAUGCAGCCGGUUUUCGGUAGCCCGCAACGCGUCAUAACCGAUAAGGGAGCAGCGUUUACAUCCUCUAGUUUUAGGGACUAUUGUACCGAAGAAAAUAUUGAACACAUCUCCAUAACUACCGGUAUGCCACGCGGUAAUGGCCAAGUAGAGCGCAUCAAUAGGAUCAUUAUCGCUGUAUUAACGAAAAUGUCUUUAGAUAACCCCAGUCAGUGGUACCGACAGGUAGCCAAGCUGCAACUAUGUAUCAAUAGCACUUAUCAGAGAAGCGUGGGUAUGAGCCCAUUUGAAGCCCUCUUCGGUAACGACCGCUAUGAGGUAACUAAAAUCGGUGGAGACGAAGGGCCGGAGAUUACAACAUCAGCCGCCGACUAUAUGAAGCUCUAUGCCAAAUAUCCUUACGGGGACCGAAGGGAAAGCAGGGAUGGCCGAAUCUAUCACUACGAGUUUUAUUAUCACUACGAGUAUCAUUUCUGUGAUUAUUAUCAUUAUCACCUCGACGAGUAUCAUCUCAAGAAUCAGAAUCGAAAGAAGCAACUAUCUCAGGAGAUCCAGAACCAUCCAUUUCUCUCCUCGUACACAAUAACAUGGGACGUCGAUCUUACCAGCAACGGAGUGAUCUACGCGAGGCUCUAG